AUGGCCUCCGACGCUGCGAAUGCGCCCAAGCUCGCCCAGGAGAACGGCAGUGCUCCCAAUCCCUCGAGCUCCGCUGAACUGCCCCUCCGCACAUCCAGCGCUACAGCGACACCACCGCCGGGUCAGGCGCUGACCGGAAAGCAAGAACAUUACCUAAAACGAGAGCUGAUCUCCGAGCAAGUAAGAUGGGAGAUAUCCGAGCUCAACUCGCCGACUGCCCUGAGACGGUUCGGGGCGCCGUUCAAGUCAGAGUUUGGGGAGGUUUCACCGUACGACUCUGAGCUUCCGAUACUGCGGUACAUAUUCGUCCACCAUGUGCGAGAGUUCCCAUUCCUGGACAAGGCGAAGGAGAAGGAGUUCUGGCAGGACAAGCUGCAAGUGUUCCUCGAGUCAUUCGCGAGCAAGAACAUAUCCUCUUCGGAGGACCGCUUGGAAGAAACGAAGCGCCGAAAGCUGGCGCUCAAGGCCCAGAAACUAGUAGAGCUGAUGAUGGUAUCGGGCAUUCGUACCUCAUCAGGAUUCGAAGAGAGAAUAAGAUUCACUGAGCUCGAGAUCGUCGACCGCGACGCUAUUGACACCGGCGUUUUGUCAACCUUACCAGAAGGGAACUACGUAAAUGGUUGGGAUGUUAAUGUAGCAGGCGUGCGGAUUACGUCCGUCAAAAGGAAUAUUCGAUACCACAAGCAUGCUGAAUUUCUUCUACGGGUUAAAAGGAAAGGGGAUCUCGAGUAUUUCGUUGGCCGCCGAUAUGGAGACUUCAGUCGUCUUCACAAAAAGCUACGUGUUGAACUGCCGGGUAGAGUUCUCCCGCCGCUGCCCAAGAAGAACAAGAGCAACUCGACGGCGUCGAAUAUCAUCGGGAGUCUAAAAGGUGGUGAUGACUCCGAGGUCUCAUCCAUCUCAUCCGCCUCUACACAAACGACUGGACCGAUACCAGGUGUCAACGGCUCUGCAGAGGCUCUCAAGACACUCUCGGUCAGGGAUCAUCGCAGAACGGGCUCGGCUGCUUCUAAUCGGGCGUCUCCCAGACCAUCUAUGGACGCACCACCACGCAGCCCAGCUCUGAGCACUGGCAAACGGGAUGAUAAUUUUGUGUUGUGGCGAGAGAGCCAGCGGAUUUCAUUACGAGCAUACCUACGUCAACUUCUUCACAACCCCCAGAUUGCAAACACCAAAGCCAUCCAGGAAUUCCUGACCAAGGAUCCAAUCACUCCGAACGACGAUGAUGUUGAGGACAUAAUGCGCAGAAAGGAAGUAGAUGCGAAACGCAUGGAGGAGCAGAAGCAGUUCUACGAAAUUGCCCGAAAGCGAGCUGCCGAACUUGAUAUCUACAUGGAGCAAUUCCGUCAGGAGAUUGUCGAGCGCAACGGUCUCACUAUGCUGUUCAAAGAGAUCAAAGAGAAGGAAACCAUCCAGGAUCUGAGCAUCCAAUAUCAGAAAUUCGCAGAGUGGUUGAGGAUCGAGGUUGCAGCCACUAUCUAUCAUCUAUUCCUGGCUGAAGACAACUCCCCGGAAUUGUUUGCCCAAGCCAAGAAGAUCCACUCCCUGAUCCCCUAUACCGUCAUCAAGAAUGUCAUCCGAAUAGCGAAUCCUGCCGCAGUCAUGUCAAGCAUAUUGGAUGUCUUUCUGGCGCAGCCAUUCGGCGCAAGAUCCCUAAUGCAGCGAAUUUUCUCUCUGACAUUGAACGACGGCAUUCGCAGUUUCCAGAAGUCAAUCGACGCUCUGGGUGCCAAGAUUGGUGAUCCCGUCUUCGUUGAGAAAUUACAGAAAUACACGAAUGCCGAGGAGCAGGUCCGGGUCGCUAUCCGCGAAGAAGCUGCCAGCGAUGAUGUUGACAUCAUUGUAGCUGUCCUCCGAUCUGAGCUGAUAUCUCCUGCUCUCACUCCAGAUCAAAUAGGACAACUGUACAAUGCUUACGUCGCCUUCAACAGCGCGGUUGAGAAUACCGAUGAGGAGCUAAGGCAGGGCGCUCAGCUGUUCUCUUACUUGAAGCAACUAAUGAAGCUGAACCUACGGCAACGAGACAAGGCGAUGAUGCUCAGUCUGAUCGAAGAACCUGUCACCUUGCAACUAUUCCGGGACCUCUUCACCAUCUUCUAUGAACCCCUUGUCCGGGUCUACAAGUCUGCCAACGUCUACAACAGCGUAACGGAUUUCGCAGUGUUUAUCGACGACAUGAUCCAGGUAAUUACCGCAGAGUCCGCCCGGAUAACAACCGUCCUAACAACUCCACAGGUCGUUGAGAAGUGCCGUGAGCAAGAUGCGUCUGCGGAUCCAAACCAGACCGUUCAAGCCUUUAUUGAUUUAUGUCAACGACAUGAGCACAAUUUCUACAAGUUUGUGCACGAGGUUCAUACACAUGACAAUGGACUCUUCACCCAGCUGAUGGGCUGGAUCGAGGAUAUCUUGGAAUUCCUCCGGAAAGGUCCGAAAAAUGGCACUCUGGACAUCAACGCUCUCUUUGAGGGUGCUGCUAGUACCGGCAAUCUCGACAAGGGCAAAACUGUUGCAGAAGUCAACGAACUCAUCUCCUGGCAAGAAGCUCGGAAGAAGUGGCAUCAGGACAAGACGCGGCAGAAGAUGGCGGCUGAAGGCAGUGCCAGUGCGGACGUCAUGCCAGGCGGUAUGAAUUUCACGUCGGCCGAUUUCGGGCUCGACCAGAUGGACCUGGAGGACAUGGCUUAUGACGAUGACUCUGAAGAGGAGGAAGAGGAAGCGGUGGACGAGUUAGAUCCUAUCGAGGCGGAGAGGAGGAGGAGAGCAAAGAGACAAGACCGACUGCGCCGGAGCGCUGGCGAGCCGGUAAAGCCAGCCGUGUCAGAAGUCCACAAGCUCAAGGAAAACUUCCUCGUAAUGCUCAGGAUGGUACUUGCGGAAUAA